UGACGUCACAACUUCCUUUUGGUCGCUAGCUUUUGUCGGCGCGACUUUUCCUAAAAAAGGAAUCAAAAAUAACUUUUUACGCUGUAAAAUGUCGACGAGCGACUUCUACUUGAGGUAUUAUGUUGGCCACAAAGGCAAGUUUGGACACGAGUUCCUGGAGUUUGAAUUCCGACCGGAUGGCAAACUGCGCUACGCCAACAACAGCAACUACAAGAACGACGUCAUGAUCAGGAAGGAGGCGUACGUCCACAAGAGCGUCAUGGAGGAGCUGAAGAGAAUUAUCGACGACAGCGAGAUCACAAAAGAGGACGACGCGCUCUGGCCGCCGCCCGACCGAGUGGGCAGACAGGAGCUGGAAAUCGUGAUUGGCGACGAGCACAUUUCCUUCACUACGUCCAAAAUUGGGUCUUUGAUUGAUGUCAACCAGUCCAAGGAUCCCGAAGGUCUGCGUGUGUUUUAUUACCUGGUGCAGGACCUCAAGUGUUUGGUGUUCAGCCUGAUUGGACUUCACUUCAAGAUCAAGCCCAUCUAAACAACGGUUGUCUCCAUGCACGCAUUUGUACAUUUUGCUUCUUUUUGUCUACGUUUUAAAUAAAGUUUUGACAAUACAA